CAGCAAUCGGCCACACACCGCCAGUCAUCCACUCGCCUGUCCAGCCCAUCCCCAGACAUCGCUAUGGCCGCCUAUAAACAGGGCUCCUUCCUCUGGGGCGCCUUUCCCUCGUCGCAUGAGUCGUACUCGUCCGACGAGCAGAGGUCGCUCUCGACCUCGCGGUCGUCCAAGAGGACCAUGUCGAGGUCGGGCUUUGGCGGCUCAAUGGAGUGGGGCGCGCCGCAGCCGCGGUCCGUCGCCAAAACUAGGCGGCGGGUGGACAGGCAUCGGCGCGUCCGAUCGCACACAGGAAGCACGUCAUGGAAUGCUGGUGCCUCGCAUGUCCGCUGCCUAGAGACCGUCUCGGAUGAGUCGGCCGGCUCGUCGAGCUCGAGCUCGCACCCGGACUCGACCUCCGACUCGUCGGACUCAUCAGACGUCUCAGGCUCGGCGUCGUCGUACUCGGGCUCGUUUUCGUCCGACUCGGUGACCGCGACCACGGCAACAGCCGCCUCGACCACCGAGCCCGACGGCCCGCAUAACCUGGUUGCAGCCGCGAUGGCGAUGGACAGGUUGGCUCUGACCUCGUCAUCCCGCCGCCGGGAGGCAAAGGCAAAGGCCAAGGACAAAGACAAGGACAAAGACAAAGACAAAUCCAAGUCCAAGUCCAAGGCAAGGUCCAGGCCCAAAAGUGCCAUCGGUGGAGGCCGGGCUUCUCGCCGCGCCCGGUCCGAGUCUGUGCAUCGGCGCGUUGGAUCGCCGUCGCCGCUGGCUCGCGACUCGCGGCGCAGCUCGCGUGGCUCCCACUGCCAGCUCUUCUCGGAUCGGCUUCACCAGCGCAGGCUUACCCCGUUCCGCUGGACGCGGAGCCUCAAGCGGUACCGCAUCGACCGGUCGCAAUCGAUGGGCGAGGGUGGGCAGUCGUUUGUCUUUCGUGGCACCGACAAAGAGACUGGCGAGCCGGUGGUGGUCAAGGUGACCAAAACCGCGGCCGAUGCCCGCGAAGCCGCCAUCCUUCAGCGGGUCCACUCGGGACCCAACGUCAUUUCGCUGCUUGACAUGAUCAAGACCGACGACGAGCACAUCCUCAUCCUCGAGUCGAUCGGCUCGCCAUCACAGGUCGGACGCUCUUUCUCGCGCCUCACAGCAUGCCAGGCCCAAUUCUACUUUUGCAAGCUCCUCAUUGCUCUCGAGUACUGCCACUCGCGGAACAUCAUCCACGGUGACGUCAAGAAUGGCAACGUCAUUUUCAAUGCAAGCACCAAGUCGCUGCGGCUCAUCGACUUUGGCCACGCUAUCCACCAUCGCUUGACUCGCCCCAAGCGGCGCUGGAUGGGGACACCCACGUACAAGGCGCCCGAAGUUCUCCUCCACUACCCGCGCUUCGACUACGCCGUCGACAUGUGGGCUGCAGGCGUCAUGCUCGCCCGUGCCCUCAUCCACAAGCACUUUAUCAUGCCGCUCAAGAGCAAGUCGGCGCCCGACCUCACCCACCCCGCAAAUCUCCGCGCCAUCAUCUCGCUCCUCGGCACCGACGCCUACGCCGCCUUUGUCAAAAAGUACUCGCUCAAGUCGGCAUCCGCGAACCACGGACUCAAGGCCUCGCGCCUCAAAUCAGACGCUACGCUCCCGCGGAGUGCCAUUCCGCUCCGCGACUUUUCGCCCCAUGCCGCCAACGUCGACCCGCGCGCUCUUGACCUCAUCGCCAAGCUCCUCCGCAUCGACCCGGCCGAGCGCCUCACCGCCUCCCAAGCGCUCAACCAUCCGUACAUGUCGUCGGUCAAGUCCGAUGUCGAGGCUCCCUCCGAGCACUACGCCGGAAGCCGCCCCUCUUCGCUCGCUGCUUCUCCCAUCACCGAGGCUGAUGAGCAGAGUUCGCUGCGAAGCGCCGACUCGGCGUCAAGCGGCUCGUCGGGCUCGGACUCGGGCUCAGGCUCGGGCUCGGGCUCGGACUCGGGCUCAGGCUCGAGCGAAAGCUCUUCCACUGAUGGCAGUAGCAGCGGCUCGGGAUCAUCGUCUAUAUAAAGUUUUGCGUGGUGUGGUUCGCGAUAAAUGGAUCAUAUAAUGG